AAAAUUCCCAUUUUUCCAAAAUCAACGGUCACUGUUCAAAGAUCAACGGUCUCCUUUGGCUGCCGUCAGAGGCAACGUUCCUUUAACACGAUCUCGACAUCAUUUCUUAUUUAUAUACUCCUUUCUACUCCAAAAAUUAAGCUCCCAAUAUCACUCUUUUGCCUUUUGCAUUCUCUCAUUCUGUAAUACUUCAAUUUGAUUUUGUUUGAUUAAUUGAUUUGAGAGAUGAAUACCGUUGGGAGUAUUAAGCCACUGCCCGGAUUUGGAGGCUUGCGCGACAGCGGUUUCCCAUGUAAUGCGAAAGCGAGGAAAGUUUUACGAGUCAGCGCCGUGGAAGGAUUGCAGCAGGCGGUGAGAGUGGACUUUAACGGCACUGGCAAUGGCAAAGCCAAGUUCAAUAUGCUUAAAUCAAAUGGAUCGCCUUUGGAUUCAAAUUUAGCUAAUGAAUUUGCUGGUAAUGGGAAGAGUCAUAACUCAUUGUCAAAGAUUGGAAAUUCAACGAAUAUAAAGUGGCAUGAAUGCUCAAUUGAUAAAAAUGAUAGACAAAAUUUGCUCAAUCAGAAAGGCUGUGUUAUAUGGAUCACAGGCCUCAGUGGUUCAGGAAAGAGUACUGUGGCAUGUUGCAUGAGUAAAAUCUUGACUCAAAUGGGAAAACUGACUUACAUACUUGACGGAGACAAUAUCAGACAUGGUCUAAAUAGUGAUCUUAGUUUUAAAGCACAAGAUCGUGCAGAGAAUAUACGGAGAGUUGGGGAGGUGGCAAAGUUGUUCUCAGAUGCAGGAGUGAUAUGCAUUGCCUGCCUAAUUUCUCCAUACAGAAGGGAUAGAGAAGCUUGUCGUAAAAUUUUGCCAAAUGGAGAUUUUAUUGAGGUGUUCAUGGAUGUUCCUCUUCCACUCUGUGAGUCCAGAGACCCUAAGGGUCUGUAUAAGCUUGCUCGAGCUGGGAAGAUCAAAGGCUUUACAGGCAUCGAUGAUCCUUAUGAGCCACCAGUAAAUUGUGAGAUAACAUUGGAAUGCAACAAUGAAAUCUAUAGUUCCCCUUCUUCUAUGGCUGAGAAAGUGAUUUGUUACCUGCAAGAGAAUGGCUAUCUCCAUGCAUAAAGAAAAGGUUUUUAUUUACUCCUUGGCCAUGCACCUACGCAUGCAAAUACGUGAAACUAUGCCAACUUUUCACCAGGUAUUGUCUAUUGAUUGAUAACUAAUGUCACCUUUGUUUAUCCAAUAUAUAUAUAUAUAUAUAUAUAUAUUUUUGUAUGUAGCAAAGUGGCCAUUAUCCUG